CCAAUUACCUUUCGGGUAUGACAGGGUCCCAAAAAUGCCCUGGCUAAUCAUAGUCUGUGUAUGACACAAUCCCGACCAUGUCUGAGUGAGGUUACCUAUUGCCUUCGGCCCUUAAAGGGCUUCAUAUUCAGAAGCACCUUCCCUCCCCCUCCAAGAUGUGAUGAACCUCACAAAAUCUCUCCUAAAAGCGAGCGCUCGUCCUCGUCUCUAUCUCGUCUUCCAAAAGGUCAACCGUAUCUGCUCGUCUACGAUGACCUCUACUGAUGCCGCCACGCCCUGGCAUGCUGCCUACCCUCCUCCGCUUAACAAGACCCCCGCGGCCAUGACACGCCAGGAGGUAUUAGAGGUGAUGAAGGAUAGCAAAAAUAUCGCCGGCAAGAAUUACGUUCUCAUUGAUCUCCGUCGAACAGAUCACGAGGGCGGUACCAUUCGCGGGUCCAUCAAUCUGCCGGCACAGAGCCUCUACCCGACGAUAAAGACGCUGUACAGUCUGUUUAAAUCGGCGGGAGUUCAAAAAAUUAUCUGGUACUGCUCAUCCUCUCGCGGGCGCGGCUCGCGGGCAGCUGGAUGGUUUAAGGACCAUCUCGACGAGCAAGGCGAUAGCCAUAUGGAAAGCGUGAUUCUAUUCGAGGGCAUUACCGGCUGGGCCAAAGCCGGUGGUGAGUUCGUAGAGUGGAUGGAUGAGUACGACGCGACUGUUUGGGAUAGGAAAUAGCAAUUAUCUAGGAUGAGUUGGACUUGGUGGCCAAGGAGCAAUGAAUCGCGGUAGCUUGAACUCCUGGCGACGUUGCGACCUGCUAGGUAGUCAGCAUGAACAUCCACGCCAGAACUUUAUAGUAUACUAAAUCUAAUAAGAACAGCUGCCCCGAAAACAGUCAUCGCACCUGGAUGCCAUAAGAUCUCAGGCUGGAAAAUGAAAGGGAUCAGUGGGUUGAUGAAGGAUCAACAAUUUCGGGAUGGACUUUACAGAAAGAUGUCGCGAGAAGCCGUAGAGACAUAAUCUUUAUUAAACUAAGGCCCAUCCUGACGGCUCUCUCGCGUAGGAAUAUUCGACCCUGCAAGGGUUCACUCGCCAUGGCCGGCAGAG